UUGGGUGAAAGUAACGAAAGAUUGCCGUGUGACUGCUAGCACCAGUCCCUGAGCUGAGAACAUUUCUCUUUUAAGAAUAUGUAAGAACUUUUAACCAGGAUUUACUUCCCUUUACCCUGUUCAUGGUUUUUCUUUGGCUUCUGCAGUAGUAGUACUUGGUUUUUGCAUCAAGUUUUUGUGGGUUUCCUUUCCAUUAAAAAUCCUGAAGUCUCUGAGCAACAGCAAGCAGAAGAAGGAAAUACCGAACACACCAGAAGGCGCAUGAGCUGAGAAAAAUGGAGACGCUGGCUCAGACUACGAACAUCUCCAAGGUGGUGCUAGAUGGCAGCUUCACUAACAGCUCCUCCAACUGUACAGUUGACGACUUCAAACAAGUAAUUUAUCCCAUCAUGUAUCUCUUUAUCUUCUUCCUGGGCACUGUUGGAAACGGCCUCUCCAUUUAUGUUUUCUUCCAGACUUCACGAAGGACCUCAGUAAACAUUUACAUGCAGAACUUGGCUAUUUCAGACCUCAUGUUUGUGAGCACUUUGCCCUUUCGGGCCACAUAUUUCCUCUUGGGAUCACGUUGGAUAUUUGGUGAUAUUGUCUGCAGGAUCAUGACUUACACCUUGUACGUGAAUAUGUACUGCAGCAUUUAUUUCCUCACCGUGCUCAGUGUGGUUCGUUUCAUAGCCAUCGUCCACCCGUUCAAACGCGGAAACCUGACCAACACGAAGUAUGCCAGGAUAACCUGCGUGGCCAUAUGGAUCUUCGUGCUGGCAGCCGCCAGCCCUCUCUUAAACAAGGGAGUUGCUGGCUACAGCAACCCUGUCAAAUGCUUGGAUCUCCACCCCUCCAGCACACACAGGCUCCUCAUGAUGAACUGCUUUGUCCUCGUCGUGGGCUUCAUUCUGCCGUUCUGCACAAUUGUGUUCUGCUAUGUCUUUGCCAUCAGAGCGCUGCUCAAGUCCAGGGCUCUGCAGAGCAAGAGGGCGAUCUGUCACAAGAAGGCACUGUUAACCAUUAUCAUCAGUCUCAUCUUCUCCCUCAUCUGUUUCCUGCCCUAUCACGUCCUGCGAACUGUCCACCUGAUGUACAGCAGCUGCAGCCAGGCCAACCUGCACAAAGCGCUGGUGGUCACUCUCUGCCUCGCUGCCAUGAACAGCUGCCUUGAUCCCAUCCUCUAUUACUUUGCUGCUGAAAAUUUCAAAGCAAAAAUCAGAAGUCUGUGCUGCAGGUAGCUGGUGAAGAAUUGCAUAACAAUAUAUGCGUGGUCCAGAUGGGAUAAUUAGACUGGGCUCAUACUAUCCAAUGACAGGCUGUGUUCAGACAGUGCGAUUCCCUACAGAUUCACAGUAGCCUGCCAGUUCCCCUUGCAAACACUGGCAAAGGGGUUGCACAUUAAAGAAAUGUAAAGCAUCAAUGAUGCUUUCUGCUGAGACUGACUUAAAAAGCAGGAAGAGAAGCAAACAGGACCUAGCACCGGCUCAGGCUGCUCGGAAGUCACUAACAUUUCUAAAUUUUCCACUCUGAGCCAGCCACAAAGGUAUUCUGCUUAACAUUUUCAUGGAUUGUCAAGUGAGAGAAUGAUUUCAAGUAAGUGGCAUCAGCAUGGAGUGUUGUGAGUAAGAUGACUGCUGGCAGUGAGGGCAGGAUGCAGGCGCCCAGAGCACUGGGCUGCAUCCUGCAGCUCUUCAUGUGGCGUCAAUUCCUUCAAGGUCAUUGCAACGCUUUGUUUUUAUGCCCAGUGUUGCCAGUGCUUUUCAGAAAGCUGAGGCUAAGCACUUCCUUUCCCAUGCAGGGAUCCAAAGACAAACUUUUAAAAUUAUUUUAGUCCAAACAGGUAGCUAGGGAGUGGUUUCCUCUGCACAGGUAAAUCAGUCUGACAGAAAACUGCUACCAAAGACAUCUCCAAUCCCUCAUCUUCUGUCUCCUCUGAGGCGGAAACUGAUCCCUUUUUUCAUAGGAUUAACUUCCAGUUGGUUUGAAUUUCCUUACAUCAAACAUGAACGAAUGCAACAAGAAAGCACUAACCCAGGUACAGGAAGAAAGAUGGGCAACAGAGAAGGUGGAGGAGAGCAUUUUUAGAAAGCAAUGGGAAGCUACUUCUGUGUGUACUUUGGAAAAUUUCAUCAAAUGGCUGUGUUUUUAAGUCUCUGAAUAUUUUCUAAAAUAUGUUCUCUAAAAAUCAGACCUAAGUGAAAACAGGCUCCAAACUCAUUUUGACCAUAUUUAGAUUUUGGUUUUAAUUACCUCAUCGUUUACUAAAAACAGACAAGAAAUUUAGUCAUAUUUUCCAAGAAAGCAGCCAGUCUUAUAGGAAAACUAACAAAAAUGCUGAAAGCCUUCCCUCACUGUGAAAUUCAACCAAAGGAAGGUUUCUGCCUGUGAAGGUACUUCUCAAUGCUCUGAACUUUUUAUGGAGAAAGUACUUCACAAACUGAAUGUUACUGCUCCCAAACAAAAAUAACAGCAGCAAGCUAUUUUUAGCUCUGUCUGAAAUAUGCAGAAAACAAAUCAUUGCUGGUCAGGUGGAAAAGUGCUUGGCAAAACACUGGGAAAGGCACAUUUUUUUCUUGGCUAUCUAAGAGUUAUGUUCAAUCUAUUUCAGUCACUUGAUGCUGCCUUUGAUGUAAGCACAGAGUUUUAUCAGAAGUCUUCACUAAAGUUCAUGCUCCAAAUUCUUAUUUCAAUAAUGCAUCAGCAUACCUAAGAGCUGACCUAAUGAUGCCAUGUGAACUCCUUGAUCCCAUGCUAUUGGUGAAAAAGGGAGCAUUAGCAGUGGUUUGCAAUGGGAAUAUGAUUGAGAUGGUAACCUGUGCAGAUAUAGCAGGCACAUAAUUGGAAGGAAGGGGCAAACUCUUCUUCUGUGGUUUUCACCUGUCAGGAGCGGACCUGAGCAUCAACAAGUGACAAGCUUGAAGCCUCUCAUGAGAUACCAUACACUUCAAAUACUGCAAGAGAAUGCAAAAAAUUAGCCACAGUGUAUUCUCACCAACGUACUUCUGUCUGUAUCUGUCCAAUGCAUCCGAUUAUCAGAUAAUUUUGCAACAAAAGGAUAUAUGUAUCUCACUUAUGAAGUCACUUUUUUUUGUAUUGACCACGCUACAACUUUGUUGGCAAUUGAAUUAACUGGCAGACCUGUGUUUUAAUAAAGUAGAUUUACUUGUGGCUGAA